AUGGAGAAACCCCGGCCCCUGUGGGACAACCCCCUACAGUUCGUUUUCGCCUGCAUUUCGUACGCCGUGGGGCUGGGAAAUGUGUGGAGGUUCCCGUAUUUAUGUCAGAUGUAUGGAGGAGGUAAGUGAGGCUUCUGUUCCUUGCUUCCCUUGAGGGAGGGGUUGCUCUUUGAAAGGCUCCCUCUCGCUCCUGUCCAGCUGGCCGUGGGGCAGCGCAUGCGGCGCGGCAGCAUCGGCGCCUGGAAGAUGAUCAGCCCCUACCUCUGCGGGGUCGGCGUCGCCAGCGUCGUGGUGUCCUUCUUCCUCUCCAUGUACUACAACGUCAUAAAUGCCUGGGCCUUCUGGUACCUCUUCCACUCCUUCCAGGACCCCCUGCCCUGGGCCAGCUGCCCGCUGAACAGCAACCGCACGGGCUACGAGGCGGAGUGCGCGCGCACGUCGCCCACGCAGUACUUCUGGUACCGGCGGACGCUCAACAUCGCGCCGUCGAUGGAGGCCAGCGGGGCGCUGCAGUGGGAGCAGGCACUGUGCCUCACGCUGGCCUGGCUCGUCGUCUACCUCUGCAUCCUGCGCGGCACCGAGUCCACGGGCAAGGUUGUAUAUGUGACUGCUUCCUUGCCCUACUGCGUUCUUAUCAUAUACCUGAUAAGAGGGUUAACGCUCCACGGGGCUGUAAAUGGGCUCAUUUACAUGUUUACACCAAAGCUGGAGCAGCUGGCGAAUCCCAAGGCGUGGAUCAGUGCGGCCACGCAGAUCUUCUUCUCGCUGGGCCUGGGCUUCGGCAGCCUCAUCGCCUUCGCCAGCUACAACGAGCAGAGCAACAACUGCGAGCGGCACGCCAUCGUGGUCUCGCUCAUCAACAGCACCACCUCCAUCUUCGCCAGCAUCGUCACGUUCUCCAUCUAUGGCUUCAAGGCAACCUUCAACUACGAAAGCUGCAUGAACAAGGUGAUCCUGCUGCUGACAAACGCUUUUGACCUGGAGGAAGGCUCCUUGACAGCGGACAACCUGGGUGCCGUGCGAGCCCACCUCCAGGCCGCCCACCCGCAGCAGUACGCGGAGCUGCUGCCGCAGCUCAGGAACUGCAGCCUGGAAGCGGAGCUGGACACGGCUGUCCAGGGGACAGGACUCGCGUUCAUCGUCUAUUCCGAAGCAAUCAAGAACAUGGAGGUGCCGCAGCUGUAUUCGGUGCUCUACUUCUUCAUGCUCCUGAUGCUGGGCAUAGGGAGCAUGCUGGGAAAUACGGCUGCAAUCCUCACGCCGCUGACCGACAGCAGGUUCAUUGCCACCCACCUGUCCAAGGAGGUGGUCUCAGGUCUCGUGUGCUUCGUUAACUGCGUCAUUGGCCUGAUUUUCACCAUGGAGGCUGGGAAUUACUGGUUUGACAUAUUCAACGACUACGCAGCCACCCUCUCGCUGCUGCUCAUCGUGCUGGUGGAAACCAUUGCUGUGUGCUACGUUUACGGGAUAAGAAGAUUUGAGAAAGAUCUUCACACAAUGAUUGGACAUAAGCCAAGCUGGUAUUGGAAAGUUAUGUGGGCUUUUGCUAGUCCUUUGCUAAUUAUAAGCCUAUUUAUAUUUUACAUCACGGACUAUAUCCUCACAGGAACACUGCAAUACCAAGCGUGGGAUGCCACACAGGGGCAGCUGGUGACCAAGGACUACCCGGGCUAUGCGCUGGCUGUCAUCGGGAUGCUCGUAGCGGCCUCCACCAUGUGCAUCCCCCUGGGGGCUCUGCUGACGCUCCUGUGGAGGUGGCUGCGGAGGGAGAGCGCGCGCCCGGCCGCGGUGGCGUGA